ACGCUAACGCACACGCAACCUCCAUCUCUCUCUCUUCUCUCUCUUCUCUGUGUCAUAAUAUCAGACGUUCUCCCUCUUCUUCUCCGAGAGACAGAUAUACAACGCUCUGUGGCGCGACCCCUCUCUCGAGUUUUUUUCUUUUUUCUUUUUCUUUUUGUAAUUUCAGCAACCCACCUCAGGAGCAGCCCCAAGCUCUCUCCUUUUCUCUAUCUGAGUUUCUCUUCGGUAAUCUCUCAGCUCUUGGAUUUAGGUUACAUUUCUGAGCUCGUUUCAUUUGGGUGCUGAUUUAUGCUGGCGGUGUUGUUUGGAUGUUGUAAUUCCUUCUUUUUUCUUUUUAAUCUGCGGGCAUGGCCUCUUGAGAUGACAAGGCCAUGGCGUCCAUGUUUUCGCAGUUGAGAUUGGGGGCCAUGGCUUUCAUGUUUACAUAGUGAGACUGAUUUGCUUUUCGGCUAGUUAACUGUAAUUCUGACCAUCAAAGACAACUGUAAUUUAUGUGAAUAAGGUUCUCUCUCCUUUGCGCGUGUCCCGUUCUCUUCUCCAAUCCUCCACAUACACAAAUCUACCUGAGAUUCUUCUUUUCUAACCCAAAGAAGUAUACCCAUACACAUUAGUAAAAUGGAGGUCAAGCUGGCGAAUGACAAGCGUGAAAGAGAAAUGUAUGAUAGUUUUGCCGAACUUUACGCCAUUAUAAAGACCACCGAGAAGCUUGAAAAGGCAUAUAUUCGUGAUGUGAUCUCUUCAUCGGCGUAUGAGACUGAAUGCCAAAAGCUCAUUGCCCACUUUAAGACUUUGGCUUCCACGCUUAAAGACACCAUCCCAAGCAUCGAGCGCUUUGCAGAAACAUACAAGAUGGACUGCCCAGCAGCUAUAAACCGCCUUGUGACCUCAGGGGUGCCUGCCACAGUGGAGCAUCGGGCUGCUGCAGCUGCCUCCAUGACUUCCUCAGCUGCUGCUGUGGCAGAAUGCACACAGAAUUUCAUCACUGCAAUGGACUCAUUGAAGCUGAAUAUGGUUGCAGUUGAUCAGGUGCACCCGCUGCUCUCGGACCUCUUAACGUCUCUGGGUAAGUUGACCUUUCUGCCACCAGACUUUUUGGGGAAGGUGAAGUUGAAGGAGUGGAUUGCAAGAUUGUCAAAGAUGGGAGCGGCCGAUGAGUUGACAGAGCAGCAGUCUAGGCAGCUUCAUUUUGAUCUUGAGUCGUCCUACAACUCAUUUAUGGCAGCUUUGCCAAACUAUGGUACUUGACACAGCUACUUGCAAGAACCUCAGUGAUCUCUCAGAAGGGAUUUAUUAAAUUUCUACUGCAUAUAUAAUAUUUUGGGUAUGCCUGAGUUCUGAACUUAGUAAUUAGUAUUGAUAUUUUGUGUCAAUCAUGCCAGAUAUGAUUUUUCAAGCUACAUUGUAGGAAGUACUUCAAUUUGGUUACUUGAUUCUUAAUGGUAUAUGAUCUCAGUGGCUUGAUUGAAAUGAAAUGCUCAAUAUCAGGCCAUUUUGUGAAAG